AUGGCUAACAGAGGAGGUCGUCCACAUGUUGCUAAAUCUCAUGAUGGACUUUCGGUAUGUUAUAAUAGAAAUUUAAGCAUUCCCUUCAGCAUUUUUAGCUCUCAAGAUCCUUCUCCAAUUACCCCAAAUGCCUUGGCUUCAUCUCUUCCAUUUUUCGUCUUGCAAUUGUUCCUUGCCAAUGUUGUUUAUCGUCUCCUCUUCUAUGCCACCAAGUUUCUCCAACUUCCUCAUUUUGUCGCCCAGAUUCUUUGCGGUGUGUUAUUGGGUCCGUCCACGUUUGGGCAAUCUCCUUUCUUCGAGAAUUAUGUAUUCCCAUAUCGAUAUACAAUGGUGCUGGAGACAUUUGCAAAUCUGGCUCUGGUCUACUACAUGUUUUUGUUAGGUUUAGAGAUUGACCUGUCUCUGAUCAGACGGUCUGGGACUAAAGCUCUGAGUAUUUCAAUGGCUGGAAUUUUUACCACCUUUGUUGCUGCCAUUAUCUUUUACAGCCUAGCUAUAAAGCCUAAUGAAGGUCCCCUUUUUUCCAAAGAAAGUGUUAAAGGUGUAUUCUGGGCUGCAGCUCUUGGUUCCACAAGCUUCUCCGAUCUGGUCCGAAUACUUUCUGAUCUCAAGCUCCUACGAACGGAGACCGGCAAGACAGCCAUGUGCGCAGCCCUUAUCACUGAUUUAUUCACAUGGCUUCACGUCAUAAUUGUCAUUUCAGUCUUCACCAAAGACGGCCACUACAAACUUCUUGCGGUGACUGCCACCUUUGCUUUCAUCUUGGUCUCGUGGUUUCUGGGUCGUCCAGCUCUGUCUUGGGCAAUUUCUAAAACAACCGAAGAAAGAAAUGAAUUGAGUGAAACUCAUAUAUGGUUUGCUUUUGUUGGAGUUGUACUGUUUGGACUUAUAACUGACGCAUGUGGUGCUCAUUCCAUUGUGGGUGCCUUUGUUUUUGGAGUCAUCAUGCCGGAGGGUCAUGCAAUCAGAAAUAUGGUUGUGGAGAAACUUGGUGAUUUCAUCUCUGCAAUUUUGAUGCCUCUUUUCUACAUCACCAGUGGCAUACCAUGGAAAGAUGGUUUGGCUCUGGGCAUCCUCAUGAACACAAAAGGCAUCUUGUCCCUCAUCGUCAUCAAUGCUGGCCGUGACAUGAAUGUUUUGGACAACAGAACGUUCCCAAUCAUGGUGAUGGCGCUGUUGGUAAUGUCAUGCUUAACGAAACCAAUCCUAUCUUUUAGUUAUAAGGUGAAAAAGGUGAUGGUACAAAACAAGAACAGAAGCAUUGAGAAAAUAAUGAAGCAAGAAACAGAGUUUCGAAUUCUAGCUUGCAUCCACAACUUGCACAAUGUUUCAGGGAUUACCGGUCUGCUCGAAGCUUCCAGUCCCACUCCACAAUCUCCACUUAGCAUCUAUGCCAUCCAUCUCGUUGAGCUCACAGCUCAAACUGCAGCUUCUUUGCUCAUCAUGAACAACGAGUACAAGCAUAGGUGGGACUCAGAUGAUGCUGAGGCCAACCACAUUGCCAAUGCUUUUCGAUUUCUCAAGAAGAAAGAUGAAAAAAUCACAGCUCAAACCAUCACUAUUGUUUCUCCUUUUGCCACCAUGCACAAGGAUAUCUGUAGCUUAGCAGAAGAAAAGCGUGUUACUGUCAUCAUCCUACCAUUUCACAGGCAAUUAAAUGAUACCAGCAGCUUGGGAGAGGAGAACCAAAACCAACACUUGGAGAAUAUCAAUCAGAACGUGUUGAAAUAUGCUCCUUGCUCUGUUGGCAUACUGGUGGAUAGAGGAUUGAUGGGGGGUAUAACACGAAAAGAGUUGCAACAGAGUAUGAGCAGUCUUAGCCGUGGAAAUAAUGUUAUCAUGAAGAAACAAGUAAUCAUGUUCUUCCUAGGAGGUCCAGAUGAUCGAGAGGCUUUAAGUUAUGCAUGGAGGAUGGCAGGAAGUCCAAAUGUGAACCUAACAGUUGUCAAAUUUGAGAUGGGUGAUCCAAGAUUAGCAGCAGGAGAAGACACAUGGGAGAGUGAGAAACAAAAAGACGAUGACUUCUUGUAUGACUUCACCUUCAAAACCAUGAAUCAACUGUCCAUAACUUACAAGGAGCAAGUUGUGACUGACGGACCAGAGAUGAUACAAGUUAUAAAACAAGUAGAAGAUCACUAUGAUUUGUGCAUAACUGGAAGAGGGGAAAGAAUCAAGUCACCGCUGUUAAAAGGUUUGUCGGAUUGGGACACAUGCCCAGAAUUGGGAAUAAUAGGAGACGUCUUGGUUUCCUCAAACUUCUCGUUGCGAGCAUCUGUUCUAGUGCUGCAGCAGCACUUGGUAUGUCAUCUGGCCAAGAAGCUGGCUGCUGCUGCCCCUACUGCCAUAGAGAUUGGAGAUAAUCCAGUUGAUGACAAUAAGCCAUUCAUGAGUGCUCGAGAAGGGUAA